CGGAAAGACAAGACGUUUGUAAAUGUUGCUCGCAAAAUUUUAUUAAUUAAAGUAUAAUAAAGCUCCUAAAUUAAAAAGUGAAUAUCCGAAAGUGAUUUUGUGUAAAAUUUUGUGCAAAAAAUUAAAAGUAAAGCAAAAAUCAAGCUAUAAAUUAGAAAUAAAUCCGGUAAAAAAUAAUUAAUGAAAUUUUAAGUUUUAUCGUGCAUUUUUUAUAGAAAAGUUUUAAAAGAUCAGAGUAGUAUGAAACUACCAGCUGAUUAAAAGUGAUUUGUGAUUGUAAUAUUGAGAAAAUUGAUUGGAUUUAAAAAUCAAAAUAAACAUCCAGUUAAUAAAUAAAAAAAAUAAAAUAAUUUUCUCUGUGAAUAUAAUUAAGUUUUUUGUGGAAGUAAGUUUAAACAAAAGAAAAGAAUUAUAAUUUUCUAUAAAGAAGUGAAAAAUCGAUUUUCCACACGCAAAAAAUGCUUUUAAAGUUAUAAGUUGGCUAAAUGCGAAGGAAAUAAAGUCAUAAAUUAAUACAAAUAUUCUAUAAAUAGAGUUAUGAAGUAUAUAAUAAUAUGUGAUUAAGAAGAAGAAGAAAGAAAAAUCAAUCCGGAAAAAUGAAGAAAAUGGAAGAGAAUAAAAUAAAUGACAAAUCUUUAAUUAAGCAUCCUGAAAUAUUGGAUAAAUCGGUCAAGAAGAUUGAAAAUUGCUUGGAAUUUUGUUGUGAUAAGGAAAACUGUUUGUCACUUGAUGACAUCCUUCGUUCGUUUAAUGCUCCAUUGUCGGAGGAACAAGCCUGGUCGCUGAUAUAUCAAUCCGUUUUAAUGUAUCGAAAUUUCAUUCGAAUUGAAUUUAUCGAUAAACAUACCAAGAAGGACUCAACAACACAGAAGGUGUCGCAUCGAAUAAAAGUUCCAAAAUCACCAAAAAAUUUAAAUAUUCAUAAGGAUGGAACGGUUCAUAUAAACGAUAAAAAUCUCGAAUGUUGUCUAAUAUCAUCACAAAAGAAGAUUUUAUUGAAAAUUGGAAUUGCGGUAUACACAGCACUUGACUUUAAUCUUUCACAGGAUGAAGAAUGUAUAAUUUCAUCAGAUCUGGAGCAACUAAUUAAUUUAAUGACAUAUGAAGAAGAAGUUGAUGACGAAGGUAUUGAGCGUGAUUCGGAAGAAAUUGACGAUGAAAAAUUUUUAGACUCUAAAGAAUUGGACCAUAUACUUGAGUUAUGCACACCACGUGUCCUACCUUCAAGUCCGGAGGAGCAUUAUCGUGCUGUGUGUAGGGCAUUGGCUACAGAAAGUAUUGAACUUCGUGUAUUUUUAUCGAAAGUCUUUACGAAUGACACUGAAGCACUAAGAAUAAAAGCCGAUGCCGAGUCAUCGAAACAGGAACUGGCGAAAUUAAAAUUUUCAGAUUGGGCAAGGUUUUGGAUGCAAGUCGUUGAUGAACUCCGGAGAGGUGUGAGACUAAAGAAAAUCAAUUUUCUUCAUCCACCUACAGAAUAUGCAAUGACUCCGUAUGAGAUAUUGAUGGAAGACAUAAGAUCGAGGAAAUAUCAAUUGAGGAAAGUGAUGGUGAAUGGCGACAUUCCACCGAAAGUGAAGAAAGAUGCACAUGCUGUCAUUUUAGAAUUCAUAAGAUCUCGUCCACCUCUUAGAAAAGCAACAGAUAGGAAGCUAGCACCAUUAAAACGCAAUCCAUCACCUCGCGAGCAAUUACUCGACUCAAUACGAAAAGGAAGAGUUUUAAAACCUAUCGCAGCUGGACUAAAGAAUAGAUUAUUGCCGCCUACGACGAGCACAUCAAAGGCAGCUAAAUUAGAAGAUAUUUGUAGGCAUACGAUAGAUGAAGGAGAAUCAUCGAUGUCGUCAUUAGCAACAAAUAUGUCUACAUCUUCAUCUUCAUCUGCAUCAUCUACACAACCCUCUUCGAGAAGACUGAUAUCCGUGGAUUUUUCAUUGUUUAAGGAUGAUGAAACGCCCGAGUCAACAGACGCUAAUAUGAGUAGUACGAGCUUCCAUCAAUCAUCUACGGCGGGAAAAGAAAAUGAGAAUAAUCAGAAUAACAUUAACACAAUUUUGAGACGAACAAGAAACAAAAAAAUUACACAUGAUGAAUAUCAUCGAUUUUGUGAUAAAGCUCUCGAAACAUAUGACCUAGCAACACAAUGUGAGUCGCGUCGUGCAUCGUUACGUCGCCAUACAAUCGUUGGAUGUCAAAGUUUUAAGAGCCUCAACGACAGUCAUUCAGUUCCGCCAAGUCGACCACAAUCACGACAAUCAACAGAUCACUCAAAUUCAACGCAAACAUCAUUACCACCACCCGCGACAUCAUCAACUUUAUCGAUUACGAAUUCAGUGGAAAAUAGUUCCGUAAAGACAACAACAAUGACACCGCAACAGCAGCAACAACAAGCAUUGCAAAAUAAUUCAAAUCUUAAUUCGAUGGAUACAUGGGGUAAGAAUUCACUUGAUGAACAAGAAUGGAAAGAGAAACUGCAAAAUGAUCGGCUGUCACUAACACUCGAAGAAAUUGUUCAUAUCCGUUCUGUGAUCACGAAAGCUGAACUUGAGAGUUUACCGAUGGGCAUUCAAAUCAAAGAAGAUGUUGAGAAGCGUAAAUUGUGUUUCCUAUGUUUGCGUACAAAGUUUGGAAUUCUGGGACCGAGAGGCGUUCCGUGCAAGCUAUGUCAGCGAACUGUCUGUGCAAAGUGCUACACAAAAAUGCGAAUACCAACCGAGCAUUUUAGUAAUGUUCCAGUUCAAUUACUUUCACCAUCAAGACAAAAUAGCCCGUCAAUAUCAAAUGCUCCAUCGCCAAGUCAUCACAAUGGAAUAGAUGAAUCGUUUCCACGAUCGCUUAUGGAGAGAUUAUUGCGGACGGAUGUUGAUAGAAAAACUCGAAAUACGGUCGGAUCAGCACCAUCAUCACCAAAAAAUCAACGUUCUACAUCAAGUACGCCUGGGUCUAGUCAACAGAACUCAUUAACGAUAAUAAAUAAUGGAGUUUCAACUCAUUUAACAGCAACAACAGUUGUGGGUGCCAAAGAUAAUCAAAACUCGCUUAGAAACUCACUAAUGUCGAGGAGUAUGGAAGGACCGAGAAGUCUUCCUCCUCAGAGUCCUCGAAGCUUGCCGCAGUCAAAUUGCAGUACGCUUGAUAGGAGGAGCACUCUCAAGAAGGCAUUCACGCUAAUGCAGAAUCAACAAUCAAAUUAUGACCAAAAAGAAGGACUACGUGGUGAAUUGAUGGCAGUUUGUAACGACUGUCGAGGACUUGUGUUAAACAUAAUUAGAUACUCGCGUCAAACAAGAUCAUCUGCUAAGAAUAUGAAAAUAAAAAGUUUGACAUUAGAUUUGAGUCCGGUGUACAAACGAUAGAAAAGUCAACUAGUAGAAAGGAUGUGCAGGCAGAUGACAGAGAAUUAAAGAAUUUAAAUGUGAUGUCAUAAUAAUUAUUAUUAAAUUUAUUUAACCAGCUAAUUGUGAGAUGAAGGAUAAAGGUUUGAUCUAUACAUAUUUAUUAACUACUAUCAAAUAUAAAACCAACGGGCUCGAUUCAUUUGGCAAGAGUCCGACAAUCGACUGAGCAUUUCUCAUAUCCUAAAGUUUUAGUUUUUAAUCUGUCAUUUCGUUUUAAAAUGAAAAAUUAAUUAAUAAUUUUUUGUAUUCUCUGCUUUAAAAAAAGAGUCACACAAUUAAGUGAUGAACUAAAGAGAUUGCAAUAAUACUACCUUGGAAAUACCAAAAUUAUCUUGAAAAUUCUUUCAUAUUUUGAUGUUUUGAGUUCACAAUAGAAAAAAAGUCUACUUUUGUGCUUCAUUUUCAGAUCAAUAACCAAGACAAUCUCUCGAGAAAAUGGUUAUUUUACUUCCGUGCACAAUAUCUAAUAACACUUUGAGUCUCCACAAACUUUUUCUAUACAGUACAUGAAAAUUGCUUUCAAACAUCAAUUAUGAAUUCUUUUUCAUUCGAUUUUUAAAUUGUAUAAUACAUAAAUUUUAUUGUAAACCAAUCUACUACGAAACAUAAAAAGUAUAAGACACAAUGAAUGAACUUUUCUCUAUGAAAAAAGAACAUUGGAGAAAAGAAAAAAAAAUAAAAAAAUAAACAAAUUCAUGCUUUGAAAGCUUUUGAAAGAUAAAUGAAACAGUAGUAAGAGGAUGAAAAGAAGACAUGAAAAUAUUUUUAUCAGACAAGCAAAAAAGAUUGAUAGAGUUGGGCAUUGGAUGGCUUUUUAAGAGCUGUAAAAGUCAUGGUGACUGAAUUUUGAGUUGGAUGCCUUAACACACAAAGAGCACGCAUUUCAUGAGUAUGCUCAUGAGUAUGCUCAUGAGAAAUCUCAGUCAGUUCAUUAAAAAGAGCAUGAAUUUUGAGUAAGGAAGACAGAUUCGAUUAUAUUCAUUACAAAACCUAAACUUUUUUGUACGUGAGACUAAGCCCUCAAUCAUUAUUUAUUAGAAUCUUGAACUAGUUUUCUAUAUCUGAGGCAAUCUGAGGAUUACAGAUCAGAUUCCUUUAGCAAUCCUUUUUGUAAAUAAAUAGGAUCAAUUUCCGUCAAGCUUAUCAUUUUUUUAAUCCUUUAAGUCAAAAUUCUAAGCAAGUUCCAUUUGAAGAGCAUUCAAAAUAAAUCCAACAACAGUUUUUAUGACUUCAAAUGUCACAUUGACAAUCAAAAAGGCACCAUCAAGAUUACAUAUAAACUUAUAUGACUUUAUAUUGAUUUCCCUUUAGCUAGUCAUAAAGUCCAUUCCAUAAACUUUCUUCAUGACAAAUCUGUUUUAUGUAUGUGAUUUAGUCAGCACCCACGUAUUUUCCGCAAGCAAAUCAUGCACACAAACAUAAACUUAGCUUCAUAAUGAGGUAAUCUGAAAAGAUAGCUGCUAUGACCUUUUAUGCUUAAAUAUCUUGCUAAUUAAUAUCUCUUGAGAUAUAUAAUUCUGAUCCAUAUUAGUCAACCCACCUGACAUUUUUAUUUUCUUUAGAUUCAGCCAACAUGCCCAACUCUACAAUUAUGAAUAAAUAUGAUUGAAUGUGAGACAUGAAAAUUUCCUUUUCAGCUCAGAAACGGCCUUUUAACAAAGAACAUAACUUACUUACACAAUUUAUAGACUUCUAUUUUUAUCAUCCAAUAUUUCAAUUGUUAUUUGAAUAGGAAAGACAUAUUGAAUGUUGAUAAUGUUGUUGAAUGCGAAUAGUUCUUUUUGUCUGUCUUUGUAGAUUACGUUUGUUUAGCAUUCCAUAAAUUUUAAUGAAAAAAUUUUAAUUGAACCAUCAUAAAGCUAUAAUGAAAAAACAUAAAAUUCAUAAAUUAUUGAACCGAGGAAAAUUUUUUUGAUUGUUUUGGCAACAAAAUGCAUAAAAAAUCCUUAAUGUGUUCAUAUAUCAUUUGCUUUAUUCAUGAAAUUAUAAGAAUGUUUGUAUGUUGGAGUAAUUGAAAUGUUGCAAAACAGCAAAUUAAAAAUUCAAUUUGAACUAUAGAGAUAAAAGUUACUUUGCACAUGGAAUUUUUGUUUCAUUAGAAUUGUGUAUAUUUGGUUGAUAUGAUGCAACAUGACGUGAUUCACAUUUAGUAUAGACAAUUAAUCGUUUUUUUUUUCAAUAAAUACCGUUACAAAUUCAAAUUUUUCCAAAAGUUUAAUUUAAAAUUCAAACAAUGUGAAACUGUUAAGAAUUAAAUCGUCUGAAACCCGUUUAAAAUUUAAAGCGUUUUAAAACCGUUGAACAUUUAAAUUUUUUUUUAAAAACAAUUUCAAAAUUUAAAAUUACAGAAACCGUUCAAAAAAUCCGAUCAAUGCUCAAAAUAUUCAAAAAUCCUUCAAAAUUUUUAAAAGUCAUUAAGAAUUCAAAUUUUUGAAAGUCGUUAAAAAUCAGGGACCAAAAUGAAUGAAAAAAAUCUGUGAUGAAAAACAUCAUUAUUUUUGCUUUACGUGAUGAAAUCCUACGUAAAAAUAAUUCUUACGUGAUGAAAUUUUACGUAAUAAUUUACGUAGAUGAAAAAAAUCAUAAUUUUUUUCAUCAUCAAAAAUAAUGAUGUUUUUCAUCACAGAUUUUUUUCAUUCAUUGGUCCCUGUUAAAAAUUCAAAUUCCUAAAAGGCAUUAAAAGUUCAUACAAUCAAAUAUCCACAGCAACCCAUAAACCAUCACAAAUUAUAAAACUUUUUAAAAACAUUUCAAAUAUACAUUACAAUUCCAUCAUCUAUAAUACCAAAAACUACAAAUCAAAAUAGUUUCUUUUAGAGAAUUUCUCGUGAUCAAAUAAUGCUUACUCCAAAAUACGAAUUUGACAUAGACAAAAAAAAAGUGAGAAGAAAAAAAUUUGCUAUCAUUUAAUUAAGAGAAAAUGAUGAGUUUAAUUUUUUUUUUUAUCCGUGAUUGUUAAGUGUGAUUGGAAUCGUGUAGACAUUUACUUUCAUUUGCGUGUUUCAAUAAAAGUUUCUUAUUUCUACCCUUUGGGGACGUCUAACUUAAUAAAUUUUGUCAUGCUUAUAAAUUUAGGAAGUAUCCCAAAGAUUUCUUAAAUUACAUAAGCUAUUUUGAGCAAUAAACAAUGAUCAAGCUACAACCUUUUAUCCAUAAAAGAUAUAAAAAGUCAAUUUAACUUCCAUGGCUAUAUGGCAUGGACAAAAAAAACAAUUUGCAGCUAUUUAAGCAAGUAAAUUAAUUAAAAUUGAAAGCCUGAAUGUUUGCAGCUUGUUUAUUAAGAUUCACAAUAAGUUACAGAACUAAUCAAUAGAAUAAAAUGAGCACCUACUAUCAAAAUGUAAAAUAAUUUUAUGUAAAUUUCUAAUUUUAAUUUCACACAAUUUUGCAGGAUGAAUCAUCCUGCGUUUUAAGGCUCUGAUAUGAAAAAAAUUAUUUUAAAUUAUUAUUAACAUUCAUCUCUAAGGCUUUGUUUGAUAUGUAAAAUUAAAGGUCUUAUUUUAAGAUUCCUAGAUCCAUUAAACUGAUUGAAAGAAUAGUGCAAAUUAAAAUUCGAGAGAAUAUAAAUAUAGAAUCGAAAUGUUGUGAAUGAAUAUUAUAAUUUAAUUAACGAUUGUUUUCCAUUAGGAAAUAA